GUACAUUCAAAGAUAAUGAGCUGAAAUUAGACUAUCAGUUUUGUUGGAGUCGUUCCAAGAUGAGUUAUGUUAGGCUUAAUUUUUACCAAUUAUCAAUUAUUAUAUUAAGGGUAGUGAUUCUUAAAGGUGAACACGUCAUAAAUUUAAAUUUUCCCGAUGAUUUCUCAAUUGGAAUUGGCACCUCAUCAUAUCAAAUUGAAGGGGCUUGGAAUACAAGUGACAAAGGGGAAAGUGUCUGGGAUCGAUAUGUUCAUCAAAAUCCACACAAAAUACAUAAUCAAUCAACUGGAGAUUUUGCGUGUGACUCCUAUCACAAAUACAAAGAAGAUGUAAAACAAAUAAAAGAUAUGGGUCUGAAUCACUACAGAUUUUCCUUAAGCUGGCCAAGGAUAUUACCAACAGGGUAUGCAAACGUUAGAAGCAAGGAUGGAUUGAAGUAUUAUCACGAUCUAUUAACUGAACUCGAGGCCAACAAAAUUACACCUUUUGUAACUAUUUAUCAUUGGGAUCAUCCAGAGGCACUGCAAAAAAUAGGUGGCUGGACAAACGAGAUAAUGGUUGAUUUGUUCGGCGAUUAUGCAAGAAUCGUGUUUCGUGAAUUUGGUGAUCGAGUUAAAUUUUUCACGACAAUAAAUGAGCCGUUCGCCGUUUGCAGAGAUGGUUACACAACAGGCGUUCAAGCUCCAGGCUACACAUUAGGUAGAGUAGCAGAGUAUCUUUGCGGACACAAUAUUUUAAAAGCUCAUGCCCGAGCUUAUCACAUAUAUAACGAUGAAUUCCGCGCUAGCCAAGGUGGGAAAAUAGGAAUAAGUUUGCCAUGUUAUCAUCAUUUUUUAAACGAUGAAAAUGAUGUCAUGUUACGUGAAAUUGCUUUUCAAUUUGAGUGUGGUAGAUUUGCACAUCCUAUAUUUUCGGCUGAAGGGGACUAUCCAACUAUUGUCAAAGAACGGAUUAGUGAAAGGAGUAAACUACAAGGGUACACUCGGUCGAAAUUACCGACUUUUACAAAAGAUUGGAUUGAGUACAUUAAAGGUUCUGCUGACUAUUACGGAUUAAAUCAUUACACUUCAGCCAUUGUAGAAGCCGCUCCAAAAGAUGAAAAUGGUAUAGAAGUAAAUGAUGAAGGUGUGAUUUACAAAUCCGAUCCUAAGUGGGUAAACACUACCAGCGACUGGUUAAAAAUUGUACCCGAAGGCUUACGCUAUGUUUUGAAAACUAUCAAGCAAAGAUAUGGUAACCCUGAAAUUUAUAUUUUGGAAAAUGGAGUUUCUGAUAACGGAACUCUAAGUGAUCUGCAGCGUAAAGAGUAUUUGCAUUCGUACAUGCGUGAAAUGCUAAUUGCUAUGAAACUUGAUGGUUGUAAUGUAAAAGCUUACACAAUCUGGAGCUUAUUGGAUAAUUUCGAAUGGGAUAGAGGCUACAGUGAACAUUUUGGAGUUAUUAAAGUGGAUUUUAAUAGCACAGAUAGAUCUAGAACACCAAAAGAAUCCGCACAGUGGAUAAAAACCAUAGCUAAUAACAGAAAACUCACAUGAGAUUGAUUUAGUUGUUCUAAUGUACAACAGAUAGUUUAAUAUAACUUUGAACACAUUAUUGUAUCUUGCAUAUGUAUACGUAUGUUUAUUGAUUUGUAAUCAAAAGAUAUUAUAUUAUUUCUUAAUGCAA